AUGGCCAACUCGGCGGCCAACGACUUUGCCUACCUGCAGAUCGCAUCGCCGUCCGGCGACGUGGCCACCGAGACGUCGACGCCUUUGUCCAGGCGUACCACAAUCCCUAGUGGGAGGGUAAGCGGCUGCGCGUCGAUUCGGCCAAGCCCGACAUUGUGCAGCGGCUGCAGGCGGCGUAGACCGACGACGAGGUCGCCGAGCGUGAGCGCGCCUUUGCACCUGCCCAAGCCGACGAAGCGCCGGCAAUGGAGCUCAAAAGGGCAAGCGCUACGGAGGCAAGCGCAUGCCCUCGUGGCGUCUAAGGCUCCCGUGGCGGCGACGGUCGUGGUUGAGGCCCCGCAGUCGGACACGGAAGACGCCGACCAGAACGACGGUCACUUAAGCUCCGAGACGUCGGACGAGGACGUCGAUGCGCCCGAGGACGCGGCCAUGAGCUCAAAGACGUCAGAAGACGUAGAAGACGAAGAAGAUGAGCAAGACGACGUGGCGGUCGAAGACGAGGCGUCGCCGGCCGAUGACAUUGACAUGGAAGCGGCGAUCAAGCGGAAGUUGGUGCUCGCCUACGUCCAGGCGCAAGCAGCCUCCAGCAGCAGCAGCGAAACCGACAGCGACAGCGAAGACAACGACGGAGAUGUCGAUAUCGAGGCCGAGACCGCCAAGGAGCUCGAGGCCGCGCCCGUCGAAAUGACGCUUGCUGCGCCUGUCGUGGACGUAGCUGCGAAACCCCGUCGCGAUGCGGCCAUCAACGAGCGCGAGGCGCAGAUGGUCGCGAUGAAGAAGCAGCCGACGCCGAUCGCUGCGACCAACAAGAAGAUCGACGACGAUGAUUUCCUCGGGCUCACGCGGCGCAAGACCGAAGCGCUCUUCGAGUUCCGGCCCGAGUUUGCCGGCGCGGAGGCCAAGCGACUCUUUCAUGUGCAAAAACGGUUGGGCGGCGACCAGCGUUUCCGCCUCGGCGCGCGCUUCGUCGAGGGCGACGAGCUCAACGACGGCAUGGGCCACGCCGGACGCCGGCGAGGUCGCCAAGCGGGCGUACAUUGCAGUGUCGCGCUCUCGCUCGUCUUCCCCAACAUGGAAUUGGAGCGAGCGACGGCCCGCUUGCACCGGUCUGUCUCAGGCGCCAAGGACCUCAAGCAGCUCCGGUGGCGAUGGCGAAGUGUUGCCGCCGAUGCCAGUCCAGAAGGAGACGCCGAUGCCUGA